AUACGCUAAUCUCAAAUUUUUUACCACGGUUGACUAGAUACCAUAUCAGCUUUGGGGUCCAUUGUGCAGAGUAAACCCCACACUCGGUUGGUUUGUCGCCCAAAUAUCAUUUUCCCUAAAAAGGAACGGGAAAAUGCUUGGUCGUGGUUGAUAGAUGGUCGGGCAGACCCCGGCAACGGAGAAAACGAUGUCGGAGCUGGUGGGGCCGGAGUUGGUGGAGAGGAGGAAAAGCUGCAUUUUUUCGAAGCUGAUAGUGGCUUCCAUUCUUCAGGAGAAGAAGCUAAGAAUCCCACAUAAAUUAAUUAAGAAAUAUGGAGAUGAACUUUCUUCUGUUGCUAUUCUGACUGUUCCUGGUGGUCGAGUCUGGGUGGUGGAAUUGAGGAAAGCUAAGCAGAAGUUAUGGUUAGAAACUGGUUGGCAACAAUUUGUAGAAUUCUACUCCAUUUGUGUGGGGUAUCUCUUGGUCUUCAAAUAUGAAGGGAAUUCGUGUUUCACUGUCCAGAUAUUUGAUCUGACAACUUCCGAGAUAAAAUAUCCAUGUAGUUCUCGAAAUAGUUCACAAGAACCCAGUAAUGGCAAGCUCUGUCAUGUUCAGCAGGUUAUAGAUGUAGAAGAUGGUGACUCUGCUGAGACUAUAGGUUCUGGCCCUACAUGUCUCAGUUCUAUUUCUUUGGUAAACAAAGAUUUUGACGAAUCUCUGGAGCAUGAUUGUGCUAAAUGUAAAAACUCUGCACUUGGAGCUAGUUCAAGGAACUUUUGUCUAGGACAAGAAGCUAAUGAUUUUCAAGCAACUUCUCUGUUGACUCGAGAUAUAGGGAUUCAGUUCAGCGGAGCUGAGCUGAUGAGUAAUACAGAUGAAUCUGAACUGCAAUUCUUGCAUGAAGCGAAAAGAAUAAAGCAAGAACCUGAACCUGAUUCAGUGGUCCAUGUGGAGCCAUUAAUCAAAUACAAGGUAAAAGAGGAGUUCCCUGAUUCUGGGAUUUACAAUAAGAGGAAGAGAGUUGUGACAACUGAAGAAAGAGAGAGUGCAAUUCGUGCAUCUGCAAUGUUCACGCCUGAAAAUCCCUUUUGCAGAAUAAUCUUGCGGCCAUCAUACGUAUAUAAGGGAUUGCUUAUGCAUGUCCCUGCCAGCUUCGCUCGAGCUUGUCUAACUGGUGCUGAGUUCAUUACACUUGAGGUAUCUGAGGGGAAAAGGUGGCGGGUGCGAUGUCUUUCUGGGACUAGAGGAAUGAAAUUUAGCAAAGGAUGGCCUGAAUUCGUCUGGGACAACAACUUGACUGAUGGAGAUGUUUGCGUAUUUGAGCUUAUUAAUGCAAACGAUUUUGUGCUGAAAGUUACCAUAUUCCGGGUUCUUGAAUGUGCAGGGUCAAUAAAUCAAUAAUCAUGACUAAAUCAGAAUGCUGAGCUGGGCUAUAUCAUAUCAGGAACUCGCUACACAGGCAUAAACUCUGUAUAUUAACCUGAAUAGGUGUUUAAAUUAAUGUGAAGGGAAAGUGAAGUCGGUAGCAUUAGUUUAUGUUGGUGUACGUAGCAGGCAAUGUCUUUGACUAUUGGCAUCUAUGUUCCAUGCAAUUAUUCAAAAAUUUCCAGAAUCUCAUGCUGGAGAAAUGUUUAGUGAUUUUUUUUUUUCCCCUAUGAAUGUUUAGUGAUGAUAUGAACCCUCUCUGUGAUUAGCUUCAUUCACAGUUAAUCCAUCUUUUUUUAUUUUUAUUAAAGAUAAAUAUUGAAG